GUCCCUUCCGUAUUUGAUCAUCUCAUCCUGUGCCCCAUUUAUCCGUAUUUUCAUGCUGUUUUGCAACUUUCUUCUCUGCGGAUACAUGGUACUAGCUGUAUACACACUGCGCUAUUACUCUGCGCCUUUUCUGUCUCUGCUCUACUUCCUGCUCCUCUGGACUCGUAUCCUCAUCUUCUGAUGUCCAAAUCCUGCUACAAACGCUGCAACAAGGGAUAGUUUGGUUGUAAUAAGUUGACAUGGCUGACUACUGGAAAUCCCAGCCAAAGAAGUUUUGCACAUACUGCAAGUGUUGGAUUGCAGACAACAAGCCGAGCAUUGAGUUUCAUGAGAGAGGAAAAAACCACAAAGAAAAUGUCACCAAGAAAAUCAGUGAGAUUAAAAAGAAAAGCAUGGACAAGGCAAAAGCGGAUGAGAAAAAAUCCAAAGAAUUUGCUGCCAUGGAGGAAGCUGCCCUAAAAGCUUAUGAAGAAGAUCUUAAGAGACUUCAAGGAGAAGUUCCAGUCCCUGUAGGUCCAACAGUCCAACAAAUCAAAGCCCGGAACGAGAACAAGUUGAAGGAGAUUGAAGCAAUAGAGAAGGUUCAUGCUAAAAAACUGUGGAAGAAAGACAUUUCUCCAGAAGGAUACCCAUAUUACUAUAAUACUUUGACUGGAGAAUCUAAAUGGGAAGAGCCAGAGGGAUUUCAAGACAAAUCAGAAGAGUCCAACAAGGCUGGAUCUAGCUCUGUUUGGGUAGAAAGUCUCUCUGAGGAAGGCUUCACGUACUAUUACAACACCAAAACAGGAGAGUCUUCCUGGGAGAAACCAGAGAACUUUGUUUCAAACUUACCGGCUGAGAGUGCUGAGAAAGAGGCUAUAAACACAGAGGAUAAGUCUGAAGAAAUAAAAGAGGUUACAGAUACACAAUCGGCUACAGGAUCAGCAGAGGAACAGGAAAAGUCUGAACCUGCUGUUACCCAAACACCAAAAAUAAAUUUUGGGGGUAAAAAGGAAACGCAAUCAGAGAAUGAUGAAAAGGCUGAUGAAGAGGAAUCCAAACAAGAAUCAAAACAAGAAUCAAAUCAAGAUGUUGUUAAAGAGCAACCCACACCAGAACUUCCAAAAAAAGUUCCCAGAAAACCAAAUCCUUAUGGAACAUGGGAGGUAAUCAAAGAGGAGGAGGAUCCUUAUGAAAAUGUGGAUUUAGAGCUUCCAAAUGUGGAGUAUGACAUUCCUGCAGUCUCUAUACCAGACCUACAGCAGGAGCCAAAAAUGAAGUUCAAGGAAAAAUCUAUCACCUCCCUUGAAGGCUCCGUUGGAGGGGACUCUUUCUUCAAGAAAAGGAAGCUGGAAAACGGCAAAUCCCGAAACAUACGUCAGAGAACAAAAGAUCAUUAAAGGACCUUGGCCCAGUUUACACGCAGGCAGAUUGUUUUCUAGGAAAGCUUUGCUUGGUUCGACAUAAUAAAUAUUUUAGUUUUCUUCAGAUGUGGAUUUUGUUUUUGUAAAUACACAACAGGCGACCACAGAACUAGUGAGUUGAUUCCUAUAUGUACAGCACAAAAUUAUGCUGAAUUAAAGAAAGGCGCUAGGACAUGAAAUGAGGUACAACAUCUAUUUAGCAUAUUGGCCAUUACUAAAAGCAUAGGUUGCCAAACGCAACUCCUUCUUGGGGUGUUUGCAGCAGGAGUUUGUCACAAAACAUUGUAACACUUUGUUAAAGGAUAAGUAAAUCUUUCAAAUAAGUGAAUGUAAAAUGAUGAGGGUGCUAUUCUAAGCACUUUCGUAAUUUACAUUCGUUAUUUAUUUUGUUAGAUAUUAAGCGAUACAUGUACUGUUAACAUGAAUGAAUUUUGUAACAACGGCGCCAUCUGCUGGUCAGUUUCCACCAUUUCUGACUACCAAGUAGUCAAGGAAGUUGUCAGAAGAAAGAAAGAGAACUGUUCUGAUGUUCUUCUGCUUAGGAAAGACGUUAGAAAGGUUUUGUUGUUUUUUUUUUUUUCCUAAGCAGUAAAACAUCAGAGCAGCUUCUUUCUUUCUACUGACAACUUCCUUGACUACUUGGUGGUCAGACUGGUGCACCACCCACCAUGGGUCUGAAUGUGAGCAAGUUGGUUGGGAGGAGCAGCAGGCAUUGUGCAGUAUUGCCUUUGGUCACAUAUACUAUUUGACCUAUUUUUGAAACAUCUAAAUCUAGUUUAUUGUUAUUUAAAGUGUGGGUGUGAACAUUAAAUGAAGUGCAAGACUAGGAUCAUCAUUUAGACAGAGAUGGUUCCUUAAACUCUACUUUGUAACCUAUGCUGUUUGCUGCAAGUUAUGGAAGCUCUAAAUCAAUGAUGAAUAGUAAAUAGGUCUAAAUCAAAAAGUCUGUCAGAAAAACGUAUAUAUUAUUUUACUUUUUUAUGCUCAUAUUUGAUGUUUUUUUUCUUUUAAUAAUGCUUUUCAGAUUUCUGUUACGCAGAAUAACCCGUUUUUUCAUAAAGGGAAUUUUGCUAAAGCAACCAUGGAUUUGGUUCAUUUGGGGAAACCCCUUAUCCUGAAAACCCCCAACACAAUAUGUUUCCUCAACCAACAUAAAUACAUUUUAUAUUGACUCUGAAUAAUAAAGAUUUUAUACAAUUGGUCA